AUGGCUAUCAAUCCAAACACGGACGAGAUUGCCAAAAAAGUAUGUAAGCGAGAACGUGUUUUCCGCGACAGGUCGAACCCCCUCGACGAUUUGGAUGAUCAUGACAUCAUCGAGAGGUACCGCCUAUCACGACACAUGAUAUUUUCUAUCAUUGGUAAAGUGAGUGACAGACUUGAACAUCAAACCCAGCGUUCCCAUGCAAUACCACCUUACCUUAAUGUUUUAAUUGCUCUGAGAUACUUCUCCAAGGGUGGGUUUUACAGUGAGAUUGCCGAUAUCCACGGUGUGAGUAAAUCCUCCGUCUGCAGAGCAAUCCACGCAACAAGAGACGCAUUAUGUGCAACCAUGGGUGAUUUUGUAUUUCCCACAAUGCCUUCCACUCAGAAGAGUACCAAAGAAUCAUUCUUCGACAUAGCUGGAUUCCCUAAAGUACUCGGUGCAAUUGACUGCACACUCGUACCCAUAAUGGCGCCGAAACGUGACGAAGUAGCCUACGUUUGUCGGAAGGGUUACCAUGCACUGAACAUACAGGCAGUAUGUGAUGCCAACAUGAGAUUUACAAACUGUGUCUUCAAGUGGCCUGGCUCUGUCCAUGACAGUUAUAUAUGGAAUAACUCUGCCCUUGGUCAGUACUUUGAAAAGAAGAAUAUCGAUGGAUGGCUACUUGGAGACUCUGGGUAA